GGAAGACCACAGUAAAAGCGUUCUCAGUUUACUCCCGGUAACAGGAACUCAAAAAUGGCGGCGAUAUCAGUCAGCUAUGAGGGCGCCAAAAACUUUUUCUAUCAGCUGUUCUCUAGACGAAAUGUGAUCAAAGAGUUCCCAAGAGCCGCUGGCAAGGUUGCCAUAGUGACUGGUGGUAAUUGUGGCAUUGGUUAUGAGACAGCUAGAGGUCUAAUCAGAUCAGGGAUGACUGUGAUCAUGGGCUGUAGAUCAGAAAAGGCAGCAGAGAGUGCCAUCCAACACCUUAAAGAUGAACAGCCAGAUGCAAGAGUGCGAUACAUCCAUUUGGAUCUAAGUGACUUGUCUUCAGUCAGAGCAUUUGUAAAGAGUUUCCACCAAUCAGAGAAUCAGCUAAAUGUUCUUGUUAACAAUGCUGGAGUCAUGCUUACUCCAUAUGCUCUCACUAAAGAUGGAUUUGAACAGCAGAUCGGUAUCUGCCAUUUUGGGCACUUUCUUUUGACCAUGCUUCUACUAGAUACUCUAAAAAAAUCUGGGACAAAAGACUGUCACUCCAGAAUUGUCACUGUAUCUUCAACAGCACAUAGCUCUGGCUCCAUAAACUUUGAAGACCUACAGAGCAAAAAAUCGUACUCCAGAUUUGGCGCUUAUGCCCAAGCUAAAGUUGCCAAUGUCCUGUUCACCUAUGCUCUACAAAGACGACUGUCCAUAGACAGUACUCAUGUGACUGCCAAUGCACUUCAUCCAGGCGUUGUCAACACCGAGCUGUUUCGACACCUCCCUUGGAUUGCUCGUGCACCCAUGGGACUUUUCUUUCUGACUCCAGAACAAGGGGCAGCUACAAGUCUUUAUGCUUGUCUGUCACCAGAUUUAGAGGGAGUCGGAGGCAAAUAUUUGGCGAACUGUGAGGUACAAUCGUCGUCUGCUUACAGCUACAAUGAGGAUAUUCAGGAAAGGCUGUGGUGUGUAAGCCGCGAACUGACGGGUAUUGGUAAUGAGUAAUCUGGUAACAAGGAUGCCGAAUUGCCUACGGAUUUGCGGGCAUUUGUAAAUGUUUUGACUAGCCGAAAGAACACUUUUGUAUUUAGGUUGCAAAUUGCUAUCUCUGAUAGAUCAGAUUAGUGAAAAGGAAAAAGCGGUUUAGUUAACGGGCCACUUCUCAAUCAAAUAUUUGUUGGUGCAGACAGUUUAUUUGUAAACCCACCCCACUUAUCUUAGAAACCGACCGUCAGAGGAAGGGUAUUAACCACUGAAGGUUAUUUUAUUUCCUUAUCAAUAUUUUAUUAUUAUUUUACCUAAGGGGUUCCGCUGUAUCUUAAGGCUUAGAUUUCACCAAAUUUUAAGUCUUAUGUGUUCUAACAAGCAGAGUUAAAUUCAAUUGUAGGGAUGUCAAACUAAAAAUUGGAUAAAUUCACACAUCAA